AUGUUUUGCUGUCUUCAAUUUUUUAAAACAUCAUCAAUCACUAAGAAAGCGACGAGAGAAAGCUUUUAUAUUAUUCAUGACGAUCGUAUUCUGGUCGCCUCAUCGAAUGUAGUCGAAGACGAUACUUCCGUCUCUUUACUGUUCAACGGCACAAUGCCUGAUCGAACAUGUCCAACUCAAAAAUUCAACGUCCUCCUCGUCGAUGAUAAUAAUAACAAUACGAGUUCUAUUGUAUCACCGACAACUUGUACCAAUGGCGACCAAUUCUCUGAACGUCUCUUCUCAAUUAAAAAUGUUUCUACUAGUGAUUUUUCCGACAAGACAUCCAUGUUUUCAAGCAAAUCUAAAACGACAAGUUUAUCUAGUUUGGCCAUCAAGGCCAGACCUUUUGACGAAUUUCUCGCAGGUGUAACAUGCAAUCCUGCUCUGGGUCCUAUCGAAGAACAAAAUCCCGCAACGAAAUCCGACAAAGAUUGA